GGUGACUGAGACUUCAAGAAGUUAAGAAACAGGAGGUGGGUGGAGAUCUGAUGUCUAAGGAGGAGAGAGGAAGAGAGACAGACAGAAAAGACAGAGGAUGUGAGCAGGAUAGGUCAAAGGGAAGAACAGAAGCAAGACUUGAGACAGACAGACAAAGACCACCAAGACGGGAAGCAGACAUGACAGUCAUCUCUUUCCUAAAGAAAACCUAUAUUAAGUUCCUGGCCGGUUGUCUUGUUCCUGUUGGCGCCUCGAAACUAUGUCGGGACACAGAGUGUCUGGAUGGCUCUUCCUGUUGUGAUUCUCAGGGCAAAGUCUACUUGGACUACAGCUGGUAUGGGCCGCUGUUUAUCUGUAUGUUGAUCGUGUUCUCAGUCCUGUGCCUUUGUGGAAUCUGUAAUAAUGUUUGUCGAUUCCGAACUCGGUCUACACCUCCAUCACCACGGGAGACACCUCUCAUAAAUAUGGGUGCACCACCACCAUACGAAGAGGUUACCGCCAAGCCAUUCCUUUACCCUCCCACAACCUCUAGUCCACCAUCCUACAGCAGUGUGAUGCUAAACAUCCCAGAACCCACAACUCCUGCUCUGGGGGUUCACAGCUGAUGAUAAAGAUGGUGGAAUCCUAGUAAUGUUUACUCACAGAAGUCACACAGAUCAGUAGGAGGGAUGUGUGGAGCUACGACAUGGAGGACGGCGGAACGAAGGCGGAAUAGAAGAAGACCGUCAUGAAGGAACCCAGAGAGUGACAUAGUCUAGUACUAGUAACGAGAAGAAUAUUGAAGGUUAUAUGGAAAAUUAGGAAUAGAUAUAGGGGAGAUUAUAUGGAGUAAUAGGAGGAGAUAUAGGAGAGGUAAUAUGGAGUAAUAGGAGGAGAUAUAGGGGAGAUUAUAUGGAAUAAUAGGAGGAGAUAUAGGGGAGGUUAUAUGGAGUAAUAGGAGGAGAUAUAGGAGAGGUUAUAUGGAAUAAUAGGAGUAUAUAGGAGAGGUUAUAUGGAGUAAUAGGAGGAGAUAUAGGGGAGAUUAUAUGGAGUAAUAGGAGGAGAUAUAGGGGAGGUUAUAUGGAGUAAUAGGAGGAGAUAUAGGAGAGGUUAUAUGGAGUAAUAGGAGGAGAUAUAGGAGAGGUUAUAUGGAGUAAUAGGAG